AUGCCGCCGCACCAGCAAACUGCAUCUUGGGUGUUGUACGAGUCGGACACAAGUAAAGAUGCAACGAUAGUGCCCCCCUCUGCUGAAAAACGGAAGUGGCAAAUUGUGUGGAGAAAUGUAAUCAUUUUCGCGGCGCUGCACUUAGGCGCUGUUUAUGGUGGUUACCUGUUUCUGAUGAAAGCAAUGUGGGCGACAAGAUUAUUUGCCGUGUUCCUGUACCUGUGUUCUGGUCUGGGCAUAACAGCUGGGGCUCAUAGGCUUUGGGCGCACAAAUCCUAUAAAGCUCGCUUGCCGCUUCGUAUUCUCCUCACCGUUUUCAACACGAUUGCUUUUCAAGAUUCAGCAUUGGAUUGGGCCAGGGACCACAGAAUGCACCACAAAUAUUCGGAGACCGACGCUGACCCCCACAACGCAACCCGAGGUUUUUUCUUCUCCCACGUCGGCUGGCUCCUAGUGAGAAAACAUUCGGAAAUAAAAGCUAAGGGACACACUAUCGAUAUGAGCGAUCUCAAAGCUGACCCAAUUCUGCGCUUCCAGAAGAAAUACUAUGUUUAUCUGAUGCCUCUUGCCUGCUUCAUCAUGCCAAGUUACGUCCCAACUUUAUGGGGAGAAAGCCUGUGGAAUGGAUAUUUCGUUUGUGCUAUAUUCCGUUAUGUGUACGUUCUCAAUGUCACCUGGUUAGUUAACUCCGCCGCUCACAAAUGGGGCAGCAAACCGUAUGACAAGAACAUAAACCCAGUGGAGACGAAGCCCGUAUCUUUAGUUGUGCUAGGUGAAGGAUUCCACAACUACCACCACGUCUUUCCCUGGGACUACAAGACGGCUGAACUCGGAAACUACUCGCUGAACUUUACCAAACUCUUUAUAGAUACAAUGGCCAAAAUCGGAUGGGCAUAUGAUCUUAAAACUGUGUCAACGGAAGUUAUUGAGAAGCGAGUUAAACGAACAGGGGACGGAUCCCACGAAGAGUGGGGCUAUGAAGAAAUACAUGAUAGUGUUAAAGAGAAACUUUGCCAAGACUAA